AGGCAAACCCCUGCUGGUCCAGUCUAGCGAAGGGCCAUCCAGCAGCACCAUGCGCUCUAUCCAGGAUAGUCAGACAAAUCCAGAAGCUGCGGGGAAGCCGAUCGACGGCACAGCCCCACCAGAGUCCACCUCAAAGCCUCCAGAGAGAGGCCCUCCCAGGGAAACGGCCAUUCCCAGGCAGCCGAAGACUGCAAGUGCUGAGGAUGGUGAGAAGGAAGCAAAACGGCUCCUUGAUGAGGAGGAAGAGCGGCGGAAGCUGCGGCGCCGAAAGAAAGGGCGCAUUCGUGAGUUGGAAGAGAUCAGAGCAGAGCUCGCUGAGAAGGAAUUGGUUCUUCUGAGCAAGGAGCAGGAAUUGUUGGAGAGGGAUCAGACAGUGAAUGUGCUGCGCGAAGAGCUGGAGUUGGAGAAGAAGCUCCGGACUCUCCUGACGAAAGAGAAAGAGAAAGCGGAGGAACAAAGUGCCCUUGCAUUGGGACUGUGCACUGGCGGGUCAAUAUUUUAAGCCCAGGGAGAAUGAGCUGUAUUGGCUCAAGGUAGUUGUAGGUCUAGUAAUAUAGGAGUGAUUUAGGAGAGUAGGUUUUAGCUAAAUGUUCAUGCGUUGAACUAAAUUAAAGAUAGCUGCUAAAAGUUGCCAGCGCUUCAGGACUGCACCAGACCUAGAUCAUCAGUGUGAAGUGUUGCAAUCAGUUGGUAUGCAUAGACAUUGCAAGACGGGUUCUCAACAACAACGUCUGCAAUGCAAGUGUGUAAGCCUUCCUCCAGCUGC